GAUAAAUGUGAGGUUAUCCAUUUUGGUGGCAAAAACGGGAAAGCAGACUAUUAUCUAAAUGGUGGCCGAUUGGGAAAGGGGGAGAUGCAGCGAGACCUGGGUGUCAUGGUACACCAGUCAUUGAAAGUAGGCAUGCAGGUGCAGCAGGCAGUGGUGAAUCUGUGGAAUUCUACUGCCACAGAGGGUAGUUGAGGCCACAGUUCAUUGGCUAUAUUUAAGAGGGAGUUAGAUGUGGCCCUUGUGGCUAAGGGGAUCAGAGGGUAUGGAGAGAAGGCAGGUACGGGAUACUGAGUUGGAUGAUCAGCCAUGAUCAUAUUGAAUGGCGGUGCAGGCUCGAAGGGCCGAAUGGCCUACUCCUGCACCUAAUUUCUAUGUUUCUAUAUUUCUAUGUUUCUAUCAUAUUGAAUGGUGGUGCUGGCUCGAAGGGCUGAAUGGCCGACUCCUGCACCGAUAUGUUUCUAAAUGGUUUUAGGUUUUGUGUCACUUUCAGAGAUGAGGCGGUCGGCAUCGUUUGUCUGCAUGACGCAGGCAGCUGAGUACACCUUCCCCUCCAGCGUCCUGUCUUCUGCCGGCGUGUCCGUGGCUGACGUCCACCUUGUCGACCCGACCUGCAAGGCCCACCAGCAGGACGAGAACUGGGUGGUCAUCACUGCCCCCUUCGACUCUUGUGGGACCACCAUCAGUAACGACACUGGGAAAAUCGUCUACAUCAACACCAUCUUUGGCAGCAUCCCCCGCACCCCCAUCCACCGCCUGGAAAUUGAGCUGAAGUGCGAGAUGUCGAUGAACGAAAGUGUACGCAUGGGCUUCAUGCUACAGACCAACCACCUGGUGCGAUUCGGCCACUACAACGUAUCCUUUAAGCUGUUCCGCUCAGCCAACUACGAUGACCCAGUAUUGCAAUUCCCUUACCAAAUCGAGCUGAACGGGACCCUGUACGUUCAGAUGGAAGCCGAGACCACUGACAAUGGCGUCCAGGUCUUCACCGAUACGUGUGUGUCUGUACCGUCUCUCAACACCAACAAGGCUCCCUACACCAUCAUCCAAAACGGGUGUGUGAACGACAUGACCUUCAAGACGCACGAGACGAGCGACAGCCGGAAGCAGCGCUUCAGUUUCCACGUCUUCAAGUUUGAGGACUUCCCCCAGGUGUACAUCUUCUGCGACCUGGUGCUGUGCCACUCGGGGUCGUCGCCCAACCGCUGCGAGCGGGGCUGCGUGCCCUCGCGCAAGAAGAGGGACCUCCGCACACGCUGGCAGAACGACAAGGCUGCCCACCUCUCCCAGGGUCCCGUGGUCUUUCCCACCAGCGCGCUGGGCGUGGUGCGGUUGUGCGUGGGGGCCGUGGGGCGCGGGCCCUGCCUGGGCGAAGGGGUCCCCGCUGGCCCCGGGGACGGGGAACUGGGGCCCGCCACCUCGCAGGCAGCCCCCGGCACGCAGCGGGAGCCCGGCGCUGGAUCGGCCCACGUCGUGCUGGGUGAGUGA